AUGGCAAAGAAGAGAAAGGCUGGGAGAGCAACCGGCAAUCCUGUCGUGACCCGGAACGACGACCUUGAAGACCACUUCAACGACUCUGAGGAUGAGUUCUUCGCCGGCCGCGACAAAAUCCUGCUCGAUGAGGAGCCUACUGCAAAACGACGACGCAGACUGCAGGAGCAGGAAAUCGAUCUGCAAUCCUCUGACGAGGAAGUUUUCCAGAACCUGGAUCCUCUAUCGAAUGAUGAUGAUGACGAGUCUGAUGAAGAUCUUGAUCUCGACCCUCGUGAUGUGGAAGAUGCUGCACCGGUCGAGGAAGAGGACGAGGACGAGACAGCGGAUAGGUUCUGGGGUGCUUCCAGAGGAGAUUAUUACAAUACAGACGUCAUAGAAACCGAGGCAGACGCCCUGGAAGAAGAGGCCGAGGCCAGGAGACUACAACAAAAACAACUGAAGUCCAUGACCGACGCGGACUUUGGCUUUGAUGAAUCAGCCUGGAUUGAUGUUGCCACGCAGGCAAGCAACAGUCGAAGGCGACCGGCUGUGGAGAAACUACCUGAAGUCCAGGUCCCUGAGAACGCCUCCAAAGAGGAGCGUCUGCAGAUGCUGAAGUCUCGAUACCCCGAGUUCGAGCCGUUGACAAGUGACUUCCUCGAGCUGCAGAACACCUACACAUCUCUGAAGGAGAAGGUGCAGACCAUCGGCAAUUCCAUACCUACCGUCACUUUGACCAAGUUCCUUGCUCUCUCCGCUUAUAUGGGCUCCGUUGCGAUGUAUUUAGCAGUCUUGACCUCGCCCCAAUCGGGUAUCGCUCUGAAUCCGGUGGAACUGCAUGAUCAUCCAGUCAUGGCCGCCAUUUUACGGAGUCGCCAAUUGUGGCUCGACGCGCAGGAUCUAAAAGAAAAAGCGGUGCAGCAUCAGAUCGAGCAAAAACAAGGACAGGAAUCAUUGACACUGCCUAUUGCAAUACAGCCCAAGUCUACAACCAAGGACAAUAAGGUCAAGGUGAAGGGCGCAUCUCCUUCACCGAGUUCAAACCCUGUCAAUUGUACCACCACAAUCCAAAAACCCAAGAAACCCAGCAAAGUGAAACGAAACGACCUGCAAACUCUGCUCGCUGCUUCACUGCACAAGUCCACUGCCGAGGAAGAGCCCAAUUUCGGAGACGAAGCACCACUGACGAAAGCCGAGGCCGAAGAGAAAGCAAGAAAGAAAAAGAGUCUUCGAUUCUACACCUCUCAGAUUGCGCAAAAGUCAAACAAACGCGGUGUGGCGUCUCGACAUGCUGGAGGAGACGACGACAUCCCACACAAAGAACGCUUCCGAGACCGGCAGGAUCGCCUCAUGAGGGAAGCCGAGCAGCGAGGGCAGUCUGGCACGAAUGAUCUGGAAGUUGUUGACACAGAUGACGAGGACCUCGUGGGAGUCCGGCAGAAUCAUGCCGAAUCGAACAAAUACUACGACUCGCUAGUGGCGAACUCUAAACAGAAAAGGCUAGACAAGCAGAACAAGGCAGACGCAUAUGCCGAGGCGUCCAAGUCAGGCGGGCAGGUCUAUGAAGAAGAGCAGAUCGACAUUGACGGUAAACGCAAGAUCACAUAUGCUAUUGAGAAGAACAAGGGCCUGGCACCGAAGAGGAAGAAGGAUGUCAGGAACCCCAGAGUCAAAAAGCGCAAGAAGUACGAUGAGAAGAUGAAGAAGUUGAGCUCCAUCCGCCAGGUCUACAAGGGCGGCGAGGGCCGCGGCGGCUAUGGUGGCGAGGCCACUGGUAUCAAGACUAAUCUGGUCAAGAGCACUAAGCUGUGA